AGUUGAGUUUCUUUUAAGUAUUAUUCAUGCACUUAGACUGAAUUCCAAAUUGAGCUACUUUCAAUCCAUAUCUACUACUCAAUAUUUGAGCACUUUCAUUGCUUUUUCAAACCAUUAUUUGUGCACUUUGUCACCAAAAGAGCUUCACAAGAAGAAGCAUUGCAUAUCUUUCAACACAUGCAUUUAAUUAAAUCCUAAAAAAUAGAUAUUUAUUGACAUGUUUUUGGAACUAAUCUAAAAAAACUAUAAUAAGACGGUUUGAUUUGUUGAAUUUUAAAAAAAAAAUUACACAGUCAAAUUUUAAUGAUUUGAGUUUUCCACGAUUCCCAAAUUUUCUCACUAACUACCAUCAACCGAAAUGAAGAUACUUGCUUUUUAUUUUGAAAUAUAAACUUAUAUAAACCGUAGGAUCUUAAUCUAAUGAACAAGAUAACCUCAUUUAAAAGAAAGAGUUAUGCUAACAAAUGCUACAGACGACGGCAAGAUGAGACGUUCCUUCCAAAGGUAUAUUCAUCUCUCUCCCUUCACACUCCUUAGAUUCUUGGCAAAUUAUCUUUAAUGGAGGAAGCUCAGAAUCCGACCGAGCCAUCACCAAAUAGGGAUGAAGUGUCGGAGCAGCAAGCAGCAGAGGCCGGUAAUGUGGUUCUUGUUUUUCAAAAUUACAGAUCCUAUUCUUUUCCUUUUUCAAAAAUACUCAUUUCUAUCUGUGGAAGUAUAGCAGAAAAACCAUCCAGAGAAAGAUAUCGUCUCUUCUUAAAUUUGAAAACUCUCCGGUUUCGCAAAGUGAAAGUUGAUUCUUCUUGCUCCACUGCUGAUCAGAAAGAUGAUGUAGCAAUGAACGAGGGAGGUGAAAACACCGAGAACGAUUCAAAUAAGAGAAAAGAAGGACCUGUAACUAAAACAACUUCUGCAGAAACUCCAUCUGAGAUAAGAAGAGAACAUCCUCCUGGUUCUGGUUCCGGUUCUCAAACAACUUCAGCAGAAACUUCAACCAAGAAAAAAGAUGACUCUUCUUGUUCUGGAUCAAAGAAGAGAAAAGACAGACAUACUCAAACAACUUUUGAAGAUGGAAACACUUGAGAAGUUCAUGAUAUUUCAAAAUCCAUAAUUGUUCCCUUUUCUUUUCAGUUGAUUUUUUAGGAAGGAUAAUUAGAAAUUUAAUUCCCAUGCUGUUAUACAUUUUUCUGUUAUAUUGUUCAGAGAUGGUCUAAGUUAGUAUAAGAUCUUAUUGUAAGACAUUUAAUUACCAGUGAAA